CGCAGAUAAAAACUUAUUUUCACGCCGAUAAAAACAAAACUACGUUUGAAAAUGGAUCUUAAGAGUUUAAAGGCAGAAAUUGAACGUAAAAAGCGACAAUUGGAGUUAAACAAAGAUAUAAUGGCACCAAACAAAAAGUAUUUUAAACGUGGGGAUCUGGCAGCAAAACAAGAAGAUGAAUAUUGGAAAAAACAUCAUCAGCUUAAAGAAGACCAGCAAUCCUCAUCACAGACUGUAGUUAAAAAAGAAGAGAGCAAAACAAAAGAUGAAGAUGAGAAAGUACCACAGCUUCCCAGGAAAGAGGUGAUACGGCGUUUAAGAGAACGUAAUGAACCAAUACGACUGUUUGGGGAGAAUGACUAUGAGACAUUUCAGAGACUUAAGAAGCUGGAGAUGCUUGAACCAGAAAUCAAAAAGGGUGAAGGUUAUGAAAAUGAUUUCAAGGCUGCUAUGGACAGAGUUGAUCAGGAAUUCAUCAAUGAGAUUAUCAACGCUGGCUCGGGACAGUCCUCAAACAAUGUGGCUGUGAGGGAUGAUGGAACUACAGAGGAAGACAUCAAGAAAAUGAGUGAUGAAAUUGGGAAAAAUGGCAGCGACAGAGAUCAAGAAAUUAUCUUGCGUUUUUUAAAGUUCAUUUUGAAGAAGUGGGGCGAUGAUCUUAACUUUCGAGACGAAGAAAACAAAAGAUCAAGGACUGGGAAAGAGGCUAGUGCCAUCCACGCACAGACAGUGUCCUACCUCAAACCUCUGUUUAGGAGCCUCAAACAUAAGACAAUCGAUGAAGAUAUUUUAGAAUGCCUGGUGGACAUUUUAAAAUUCCUAAUGGACAGAGAGUAUAUCAAGGCAAAUGACGCAUACCUAGAAAUGGCAAUCGGCAACGCUCCUUGGCCCAUUGGGGUAACUAUGGUCGGUAUCCACGCACGUACAGGUCGAGAAAAAAUCUCCUCCAGGAAUGUGGCUCAUGUGCUGAACGAUGAAACACAAAGAAAAUAUAUCCAGGCACUGAAGAGACUGAUGACACAGAGCCAGAGAAUAUUUCCCACAGACCCGUCACGAAGUGUAGACUACAAAAAAGAUCUGAGUGUAUGACAGAGACUAUUUCCCUACAAACUCAGUCAAUAUUAAAAAAUGUGCAGAUCAGUCAUGAAAAUUGGAAUACAAAAACCAUCCUGCCUAUGCCAUGGAAGAUUCCCUCAGAUCAGUCAUGAAAAGUGGAUUACAAAAACUAUCCUGCCUAUGACCUGGAAUAUUCCUCAGAUCAGUCAUGAAAAGUGAAUUACAAGAACUGUUGUAAUUCAAUAACAAAGAAUAUUCCUCCAGAUUAAUCAUGAAGCGUGAAUUACAAAACUUAACGGGAUUGUAUAGCAAUAUAUAGCAAGAUCUGUCGUAAAGUGUGUGUGAAUUACAAAAGCUACAGGUACUCUACGACAAGAAAUAUUCCCCUGGAUCCUAUUGAAGAGUGGAUUACAAAAACUUUCAUAUAUGACAAAAAUAUUCCCACAAUAUUCCUACUGAGAAUUGUGGAUAACAAACAUAUAGGACUCUUUUUACCAUGUAUAUGUACAAAACAAAUAUCAUUAGGGUGGAUUACAAACAUAUUGGACUCUUUUACAGUGAAUAUUUCAAAAACAAAUAUCAUUAAGGGUGGAUUACAAACAUAUAGGACUCUUUUUACAGUGUAUAUGUACAAAACAUCAUAUCAUUACAAUAUCAUAAAGUGUUCGUUUUGACAGUAUAUAUUAACCCCUCAGAAUCAGGAAUUUGAACAAAAUCGUCACAUACCAAUCAGGCAUAUAAAAUAUGGAUAGCAAAAAUUAUUGGAUAAAGGCAUAUUCAGAAAUUGAUCUUAAGUCUGAAUGGGUAAAAAAAAUAUUGGCCACAAAACUGGUAAUUGUUUUAAGCUACACUAUUUAUAGCAUUGAAUUAUGUAUGUACACAUGCUUCAUGUAACUAAUAAACUAGUCAAAAGACUUUCGUAAC